CGCGCCAUGGCCGCCGCCGCGGCACGCGUCGCCCCGAGGGUAUCCACUCCCACCCCCGCCGCGCCUCGCGUCUCGCGCGCGAGCGCCCGCGCCGCGACCGCGCGCGCGCUGCCGCAGCACGUCUCCGUCGCGUUCGCUCCCGAGUACGGCGACGCGAAGUUCGAUCAGAUGACGCGCGACGCGUUCAACUCGGGGGAGGAAUUCGUCGCGGACGUGGAACAAGCGCGGACGCUGUGGGACGACGACUGGGACGUCGUCGACGUCCGCGCGGAGCAAGAGAUCGAAUUCUUCGGUCAGUUCCCGAACCCGCCGCCCGGGACGAUCGGCGGCGUGUUCGAGACCGUCGUCGUAUCCGGGCCGCACAAGGUGCGCGCGAUCGAGCUGAUACGGUCCACCGGAUAUCGCUUCGACGCGUCCGCGGGCGCGAAGGUGUUCGCGAAUAAGACGCUGAACCCAAACUUCGCGACGGACGUACAAAAUGCGUUUCCUGAUAAAGAAAACGCGAAGAUCAUCGUGUGCUGCAGCGACGGUCGCCAGCGCGCGGUCGCCGCGCUGGAAGCCCUGGACGACGCGGGGUACAAGCACCUCGUGUUGCUCAAAGGCGGGUUCAACUUGUACAACCGGCACUGGACGAAAAAACUCAACCGCCGGACGCCGAACGGGUCGUUCCGCACCAACUUGAGCGCGCCGGGGGACAUCCAGGGCUGCGGCGCGAACCCGGAGGCGGGGAACGCGAACGACGCGAUUCAGUUCGGGCCGUGGGUGGACGAGACGGACUGGAAGACCGCGCUCGGGGCGGCGUGUUCGGACGCGUGCCAGACGGCGUGAACUUUUUUGCUUUUUGUUCUGUUGUAAUCCAUCCAUGCCAUCGAGUUGACGUCUUACU